AAGAAAAUUGCCAAAACCUCUUUCCUUGAUGACGCUUUUAGAAAGACCCUUGAAUCUUCACUGCGGUUUGGAACACCGCUUCUGGUACAAGAUGUUGAAUCAUACGACCCAAUUCUCAAUCCUGUCCUCAAUCGUGAAGUUAGGCGCACGGGUGGUCGCACCCUCAUUACACUUGGUGAUCAGGAUAUUGAUCUUUCCCCUACAUUUAUUAUUUUCCUUUCUACAAGGGAUCCUUCAGUAGAUUUUGCACCUGACAUUUGCUCUAGAGUAACGUUUGUAAACUUUACGGUGACUCAUAGCAGCCUCCAGAGUCAAUGUCUCAAUGCGGUGCUGAAAGCGGAAAGGCCAGAUGUUGACAAUAAACGAUCAGAUCUAUUAAAGAUGCAAGGUGAAUUUCAGCUGAGGCUGCGCCAUUUGGAGAAGGACUUACUACAGGCUCUUAACGCUGCUGAGGGCAACUUGCUAGAUGAUGAUAAGAUCAUUACGAACCUGGAAACUCUAAAAAAAGAGGCCGGAGAGGUUGCCAAGAAGGUGGAGGAGACAGAUGCGAUCAUGACAGAGGUGGACAAUGUCUCACAACAAUAUGUCCCCCUCUCACAGGCAUGCUCAGGCAUCUACUUUACUUUGGACGCUCUCAAUCAGGUUCACUUCCUCUACCAGUACUCAUUGCAAUUCCUCCUCUCCAUAUUCAACUUUGUCCUUACUCAAAACGAAAAUCUCAAAGGCGUCAGUGACAGUAAAACGAGGUUGGAUAUAAUUACUAAGGACCUCUUCCAAGUAACCUACAAUCGCGUUGGUCGUGGAAUGUUGCACAGCGACCAGAUUACGUUUGCGGUGUUACUGGCGCGUAUUUACUUGAAGGGCAAAGCAUCUGCAGGUGUGACCUUUGAAUCAGAAUUUUCCGUCUUCCUCCAUGGUCAAGACAGCGCAAGCCUCUUGACUAGCAAGAAUCUACCUGAUAUCAAGGGUCUCACCGUCGAACAACGUGCUGCACUCAGCAGACUGCAAAGCCAGCUGCCAGCUUUUAGAAAUAUCGUUUCAGCCAUUGGAAAUGAACAACAUUUUAAUGCUUGGCUAGAAACUGUUUCUCCCGAGACGGAAGUUCCUAUAUUGUGGGAGCUGCCUGCUGCACAAGCCACUCCAGUGGGCACCGCAAUUUAUAGCCUGCUGCUUAUUCAGGCACUUCGACCAGACCGCCUCCUAGCUUGUGCUCACAUGCUAGUUUUCGCAGUGUUUGGCCAAGGCUUUAUGGACGCUACUCGUUCUAACCUCGAUCUUGGUCCACUCGUUGAGCAAGAGAUAAAAGCAAACGUUCCCGUCCUUCUCUGUGCUACUCCGGGCUUUGAUCCGAGUGGGCGUGUGGAAGAUCUUGCAGCUGAUUUGAAAAAAACACUCACUGGGAUAGCUAUCGGUUCCGCUGAAGGUUUCUCGCAAGCCGAAAAGGCUAUCAAUGCGGCUGUGAAACAGGGCAAGUGGGUGAUGCUAAAGAACGUUCAUCUAGCACCAUCGUGGCUCGUUCAGCUGGAAAAGAAGCUACACUCUUUCCAGCCCCACCCGAACUUUCGUCUAUUCCUUACAAUGGAAAUCAAUCCCAGGCUACCCGUCAACCUCCUUCGUUCUGGUCGAGUGUUUGUCUUUGAACCUCCACCUGGCAUCAAGGCGAGCCUUUUGCGAACUUUCGCCAGCCUCUCACCAACCAGGAUGUCUCGUGCUCCAGCUGAGCGUUCUCGUCUCUACUUUUUGCUGGCUUGGUUCAAUGCUGUUGUGCAGGAACGCCUUCGUUACGCUCCUCUGGGUUGGACUAAGUGCUAUGAGUUUAAUGAAUCCGAUCUCAAAUCGGCUUACGACACUAUCGACACAUGGGUAGAUAGUGCUAGCAAAGGUCGCUCUAAUCUGCCACCCAACCAGAUCCCCUGGUCCGCUAUCCGCCAGCUCAUGUCACAAUGUAUUUAUGGUGGCCGUGUCGACAAUGACUUUGACCAAACUCUUUUGGAUACUUUCCUCUCGCGCCUCUUCACUGAUCAUAGCUUUGACCACGAUUUUGUUCUUGUUAGCGAUUUGGACGGUCAGGCAGGCAAAAACAUUCUUAUCCCAGAGGGAACUUCACGCGAAGAAAUAGUCGCAUGGACAAAGAAACUUCCCUCUGUCCAAACGCCCUCUUGGCUUGGCUUGCCCAACAACGCGGAGAAGGUGCUUCUGACCAAUAUGGGUAAGCUGAUGUGUCUUACUGUUCUGUUUUUUUGUUUGACAUCGUCGUAA